GCCAUUCCACUCAGCGCUCGUCGAGCUGAGCCGCUCGAUCUGUCCACGGUGGAACGCAGAGGGCAACCGACCAUGCGACCGGAGAGGCCUAGGAAGCCUCGCUUGUUCGACAUUCCCAAUGCGCCCAUCUACCGCCCCACCGAUGAGGAGUUCCGCGACCCCAUGGAAUAUAUGCGUAAGAUCGCACCCGAGGGCAGCAAGUACGGCAUCAUCAAAGUCGUCCCACCCGAUAGCUGGAAUCCAACCUUUGCUAUCAACACUGAGCGUUUUCACUUCCGGACUCGACGUCAAGAGCUCAAUUCCGUCGAAGGCGGCAAUCGAAUCAACAACGACUACCUUGAUCAGCUUGCCAAAUUCCAUAAGCAGAAUGGCCACAACCUCAAUCGCUUCCCUAGCGUAGACAAGCGACCGCUAGAUUUAUAUCGCCUCAAGAAGACCGUCGAGCGCAAGGGCGGAUUUGAGCAGGUGUGCAAGGGGAAGAGAUGGGCUGAGGUCGGGAGGGAUUUGGGAUACAGCGGCAAAAUCAUGUCAUCGUUGUCAACGUCGCUCAAGAACUCAUAUCAGAAAUGGCUCUUGCCAUACGAGGAGUAUUUGCGAAUGGCAAAACCUGGCGUGCAGCAACACUUGGAGAUGAUGAAUGGUGGACCAUAUACGCCCUCGCCGGGACCGUCGCCUGCUAAGAAACCAUUCGGCGCAUCGCCUCAGGACCAUGCGCCCACCGUGCAAGCCUCAGCUGCCUUGCAUGCGACGAUGAAUGGCCAUAGUCCCCAGCUACCACAACUCACUCCCUUCCGGCAAGAGACACCGCAGCAUACACCGCAGCCGCAAGUGCCUCCGCCUUCUACUGGUGGCUUCACACCAGUGAACGCUGGCGGAUUUACUCCCGUCAAUGCCCACCCACCGCCACCACAACCCGCUCCAACACCGUCAUUCACAUCGGUAAACGGCAUGAAUGGCGCCCCGCCUUCGAAUAAUGGCACACCCUUACGAUCGACGGAAGGAACGCCAUCGAACAUGGGCAGCCAAUUCAUCGCCCCGCAUCCGAACGGCGUUGCAGCAUUGAAGCGGCAGCACUCAGAGCUUACUCCCGAGGAAGUAGAGCUUAUGAAUCGACGUAGCAAGCGCUUGCGUAAAGAUGUUCCGACUGUCGUAGGUAGCAACAUGCACCACUCGCGAAUGUCCGCAGGCCGCUACCACGAAGCGCGCGAUCGAGGCAACUACAGGCCUGGCGAAGUUUGCGAAAACUGUCUCAGGCCCGAUGAACCGCACAAGUGGCUCCAGUGCGAGAGUUGCGAAAAUGUCUAUCACAUGUACUGUCUUGAGCCUCCGCUCAAGCAGCCACCGGAUCAUGAAUGGCAUUGUCCGCGAUGUCUGGUCGGAACCAACGAAUAUGGUUUCGAAGAAGGUGAUGUCUACUCGCUUUCGGGCUUCCAACGAAAAGCGAACGAGUUCAAGAAUCACCACUUCAACACCAUGCCUCGGCAGUACAGUCCUUUCAAUGAACAGAAACAUCAUCUGGAAGAAGAGGAUGUUGAGCGCGAGUUCUGGCGUUUGGUAGAGGACAUGUCGGAUACGACAGAGGUGGAGUACGGCGCAGACAUUCAUUCGACCACUCACGGAAGCGGCUUCCCUACAAUUGAAAAGCAUCCCCGCGAUCCGUACUCGACCGAUCCCUGGAACUUGAAUAUCUUGCCACUGGACAAAGAAUCGCUCUUCCGCCACAUCAAAUCAGAUGUAUCCGGCAUGACUGUCCCAUGGCUGUACGUCGGCAUGAUCUUUUCAACAUUCUGCUGGCAUAAUGAGGACCAUUACACAUACUCUGCCAACUAUCAGCACUUCGGCGAGACAAAAACGUGGUACGGCAUUCCAGGUGAAGAUUCCUACAAAUUCGAAGAUGCCAUGAAGCAGGAGGUUCCCGAACUGUUCGAGACUCAGCCCGAUCUCUUGUUCCAGCUGGUCACGCUCGCGAAGCCGGAGAAGUUGCGCAAGGCAGGUGUCCGCGUUUACGCUAUCGAUCAGCAUGCCGGAGAGUUUGUCAUUACCUUUCCGCGUGCGUAUCAUGCUGGCUUCAACCAUGGUUUCAACUUCAACGAGGCUGUCAAUUUUGCACCGCACGACUGGGAGCCCUUUGGCGAUGAAGGCGUCAAGCGCUUGCGAGACUACCGGAAGCAGCCAUGUUUCUCUCACGACGAGAUGCUACUGACAGCAGCUUCGCGAGAUCAUAGCAUUAAGACUGCGAAAUGGCUGGCGCCAGCACUAGAGCGGAUGCGUGACGAUGAGCUUGCCACACGGCAGCACUUCAUUAGUCCUCCGGAAGCUGAGCCUGACAAUCAGCCACAGAGUCCCUACAAUGGUCCACGUUAUAAGCAGGAAGCAGAAAUCAUAGACACUUCCACGGAGGAUGAGGAGGUCAUCUGCACGUUCUGCAAAGCUUAUUGCUAUCUGUCGCGGUUUGUCUGCAAGAAAACGAACAAGGUGCUAUGUCUGCUUCAUGCAGGUAGCUAUGAGUGCUGCGAUGCGAUGGACUUUGAGCGCUAUUCUGGGCAAAAUAGCGAGCAUGUUCUCUACUAUCGAAUGACUGACGAUGUGCUCACCUCAACUGUGCAGAAGGUGGUCGAUAAAGCCAACAUUCCGGAGGCAUGGGCUGCAAAGGUCGACAAGGAGCUCGAGGACACUGCGAGGCCCAAUCUGAAGCAUCUCCGAACCCUACUCGCUGAGGGAGAGAAGAUUCAAUACGAUUUGCCUCAGCUGGCUGAUCUACGUCGCUUCGUGGAGCGGUGCAAUGAGUGGGUCGAGGAGGCCACUUCCUACAUCACCCGCAAGCAAGUAAAUCGACGCAAGAGCGAAAAGCCUUGGCGGAAAGGUGCUAAGGCUGCGGAACUUGAGGAGCGAGACAAGGAGUUGCGCAAGAUCUCCAACAUCUACAACCUGCUGUCUACUGCAGAACAAAUUGGGUUUGAUUGUCAAGAGAUUGCUACGCUUCGUGAGCGGGCGCAGAACAUCGAAGAGUUCCAGAAGGAUGCGAAUGCAGCACUGAGUAACAUUCAUGCCAAGGCCACCUCUGAUUUCGAAGAGCUCCUGGAUCGUGGUAAGGACUUCCAUGUGGACAUGCCGGAAAUGGAGAACUUGGAAAAGGUACUGAGGCGCCUGCGCUGGAACGACGAGGCCAAGGCGAAGCGUCCAAACAUCGAGACGAACAAGCAGGAACAGACUUUGAGCGAUAUCGAAAAGUUCAUUGCCUCUGGUGUCGAGAUUGGCGUUCCUGAUACAAACCCAGACAUGGAGUUCUUCCGAGCACACAAAGCUCAGGGUGAGCUGUGGGAGCAAAAGACUCAGGAACUCAUGGCUGUGGACCAGAUUCAUUACCAGCAGCUUGAUGCUUUGUCCAAGCAGGCCUCCACCUUGCCUGUCACGCCCGAGACGCUAGCGAAAGUUGACGCAAUUCUGAAGAAGCAGCGCGAGAUUCAAGACAAGAUAGCAUCUCUGGUCGAGCGAAGCAAAGACCCCGAAUUCCGCAACCGACCCCACUACCGAGAGAUGAAGGAGGUGAUGGAUGCUCUUGAUGAAUUGCAGAGCAAGCCGACUGGAACUAUCGAUCUCGAGAAGGAAUCGAAGCGACACGAGGACUGGAUGCGACGUGGCAAAAAGCUGUUUGGCAAAGCCAAUGCACCCUUGCAUAUCCUUCACCAGCACAUGCAAGCCGUCGACAACAGAAAUAGGUCUUGCUUUGACCUCGACGACAAGCCUAGAGGGCCGGUCGAGCCAUCGUCAAGAGCAGGCACGCCUGAAGAUGGAGUGAUUCACACUGAAGGAAGCAGCUCUAGUAGAGAUGUCUUCUGCAUCUGCCGCAAGCCAGAAGCCGGCAUGAUGAUUGAGUGUGAGCUGUGCCACGAGUGGUACCACGGAAAGUGUCUCAAGAUUGCACGCGGCAAAGUGAAGGAGGAUGAUAAGUACACCUGCCCGAUCUGUGACUGGCGUGUCAAAAUCCCUCGCGAUGCAGCGCGGCCGAAGCUCGAAGAUUUGCAAGGCUGGCAGGAUGAGCUCGAAACCUUACCCUUCCAGCCCGAGGAAGAGAAGACUUUGGCAAGCCUUUGCGAAUAUGGACAAGCAUUUCGAGAGUUCAUCAAGCCUUACGUGGAACCUGCGAUGGAGCCUACGACCGAGGAAGUGGGCGUGCUUCGCUUCUACUUGCGAAAGAUUGAAGGUGCUGAUCUCUUGCUUGCACCUGAGACCAACUACCUUCGACAGCAUUUGCACAGGCUCGCCAAGGUCGCUCCGGAGCCGCCUCCUAUCAUGGACGUCUCGCAAUCCACACGGAAGCCAAGACCGACGAAGCAACAGAAGCUUAUGGCCCAGCUCGGUAUCACGAAUCCAGACGACCUGCCAACUCAAUACAAGCUCAAGCCUCAUAUCGCCAAGAGAAAA